AUGGUGAACCUGGAGUCUGUGCACGCAGACAUCAAGAUGAGCGGUGAUGCGGCAGAUUCCACAGAUACGCGGCACGAACCUGACCAGGUGGAGCCAGGAAAUGAACAGAAUGGGCUGGACUUUAACAGGCAGAUUAAAACCGAGGACCUCAGUGACUCCUUGCAAUCUACGAUCCCCCCUCGGUCAGGUCACCUUGUGCAAGGGUCAUCAAUGAUGCCUGGAAGCCAAAUUGCAGGGGAUAUGAGCUCUCUUCACACCCUGCAGCAGCUUGUGUUGCUUCCUGGACACAUGCAGUCAGUUCCUCAGUUUCUUCUGUCUCAGUCUCAGGCUGGGCAACAAGCUUUGCAGCCAAACCUCCUCUCCUUCCCUCAGCAACAGGGCAGCCUUCUCCUCUCCCAACCAGGACCCAGCCUGGCAUCACAGGCUGUGGGUCGUUCUGGACUCCCUGGCUCAUCAGUUGAACCCCACCUGGAUGUACCCCAGCAUUUGCAAGUGGCAAAGCACCUCAAUCCAUCAGGAGCAUCUGAGGAACCCAGUGACCUGGAGGAGCUGGAAAAGUUUGCCAAGACUUUCAAACAAAGGCGAAUCAAACUGGGCUUCACACAGGGUGACGUUGGGCUCGCCAUGGGGAAGCUCUAUGGCAAUGAUUUCAGCCAGACCACCAUCUCCCGCUUUGAGGCUCUCAACCUCAGCUUUAAGAACAUGUGCAAGCUCAAACCCCUGCUGGAGAAGUGGCUGAGUGAUGCAGAAUCUGCUCCCUUGGACUCUUCCAUGAGCACCCCCAACUCUUACCCCUCAGUGAAUGAGAUGUUUGGGAGGAAAAGAAAGAAGAGAACCAGCAUCGAGACCAACAUCCGCUCCACGCUGGAGAAGAGAUUCCAAGAUAACCCCAAGCCCAGUUCAGAGGAGAUAUCCUUGAUAGCAGAGCAGCUGUCCAUGGAAAAGGAAGUGGUUCGAGUCUGGUUCUGCAACCGGCGCCAGAAAGAGAAGCGGAUCAGCUGCCCGAUGCCAUCCCCCAUCAAAUCACCCAUCUACAAUUCCAGACUGGUCUCUACCUCAGGGUCCUUGGGGCCCCUCUCCGUCAACCCUGUGCACAGCACCAUGCCUGGGACUGUAACAUCAUCGUGUUCCCCAGGGAACUCCAGCAGACCCUCGUCCCCUGGCAGUGCACUCCAUGCCAGCAGCCCCGGCACAGCCCAGAGCAACUCCAAAGCUGCCAUGAACUCCUCUGGUUUCAACUCUUCAGGAUCUUGGUACCGAUGGAAUCAACCUACCUACCUCCACUGA